AUGUUAGAUGAUGAGUCAACUCCAGUGGAGCGUCCGUCCAGGAAGCGCCGGGAUUCCUUCGGGAUGUUGGACGGUUUGGACGAAGACCGGAGCAGCUGCAGCACAGAGUCCAGUGGAGGCAGCGGAGCGUCCAGCCCCGAGGACAGUGAAGAUGAAGAGUUGGGAGGAGCAGUGACUCAACUCAGCACCACCUCCUCUUCCUCCCUGACGCUCAUCAAGACCAACGGACAGGUGUACACGUAUCCUGACGGGAAGGCCGGCAUGGCGACAUGUGAGAUGUGUGGAAUGGUCGGAGUCAGAGACGCUUUCUACAGCAAAACCAAACGUUUCUGCAGCGUCUCCUGCUCCAGGAGUUUCUCAUCCAACUCCAAGAAAGCCAGCAUCCUCGCCAGACUGCAGGGGAAACCUCCCACGAAGAAAGCCAAGGUUCUUCAGAAACAGCCUCUGAUGACCAAACUCGCUGCCUACGCUCAGCAUCAGUCCAACCAGCAGGGCGGCGUCAAAAAGAGCGGUGAGGAAUAAGUUCAAACAUUAUCAGCAUCACAUGACACAUGGCUGCACCGUGUGUUGACUGAAAACACACAACCACGGGAAAAUGAUUCUUCAGCAGGAACCAAUGAGCUGCGAGCAACAGACGGAGGUGGGAACAUGUUGAGGGACGGACUGACACAUUCAUUUAUUGACGAGGAUGUAAUGGUCCCGAUGGGGAAGUCGUGGGACGACGUCAGUGAAGGCGUUCGUGUUGAAGUCCCGAACACUGACAGUGGACUGCCCCUGAAGGUGUACUGGAUCGCUGGCAUCAUUAAACUGGCAGGUUUUAAAGCCCUGUUGAGGUACGAAGGCUUCGACAGCGACUCCACCAGAGAUUUCUGGUUGAACCUCUGUGUGCCGGACAUCCACCCGGUCGGCUGGUGUGCUGCUGGAGGGAAACCUCUGGUCCCGCCUCAGACCAUCCUGCACAGGUUCACCAACUGGAAGAGUGUCCUCAUCAAAAGACUGACCGGAGCCAAAACCCUGCCACUGGACUUCUCCUCCAAGGUCAGAGAGACAGACAGAGACAGA